GGGGUUGUAGCACCGCGUUUCCACCCCCGGUUUCUCGGCGCGGGGUCCCCCGAGGGCUCGCCGCGGCGAGCCGCGAGCCCUCGCGGAAGUUGUCCCGCGACCGUCGCCGCCGCAGCAGAUGCGAUCCCCCGAGCGUGGAAAGGUUCUCGAUCGCGAAGUGCGGACCCCGGGCGGAGAGGGUUGCACGCGAUGGCCGUGAUAAGCGCGAACACCCUUCGCGAGCCGCGUUCCAUCAAAGUUCCGGAGUGUCAUCCGCGGUCGCUGCCUCGGCGGAUCUCCUAUCGGAAUCUUCGGCAUCUCUUGUGAUCGAUCGAGAGUUCAUUCCGCGCCUAUCGCCUUGGAGAACGUGUAUUCCCGCGGGUUUCCCCGCCACAAUUUCCGUCCGAUCUACUUACUAGCACCGAUCCGUAGCACGGGAGAGAAAGAGAGAUCGCGGGGUGGGUAGGUAGAUGGUGUAAUCCGUGGGGAUUACCGAUGACCGAUUCGAUCCACGUUCCUUGUUGAAAUCAGUCGAUCGAUCGUCGAUCGUCGUUAACGGGGCCGGGCCAGGAUGUGACGAGCAAUGUAUCUUUGACGGCUUCGCAUUAAAGACCCAGACGCACAGCGCUGGAUUUAAUAAGGGUAUCCCGGACGACAUGAACUCGAGCGGAGAGUCGGGCGGAACGAUGUCGGAAGAUUACGAAGUCGGGGGCUGCAGCGUCCCGGAAGAGGAGACGGGCUCGAAUCUGCCGACGUGGGAGGCGGUGGCGGCCACGCUGACCCUGGGCUUCCUCGUGCUGGCGACCGUGUUCGGUAAUGCGCUGGUGAUACUGAGCGUAUUCACGUAUCGGCCGUUACGGAUUGUCCAGAAUUUCUUCAUCGUCUCGCUGGCGGUGGCCGACCUCGCGGUGGCAAUCCUCGUGAUGCCGUUCAACGUAGCCUACCUGCUGCUGGGCAAGUGGAUCUUCGGGAUCCAUCUGUGCAAGCUGUGGCUGACGUGCGACGUGCUCUGCUGCACCGCGAGCAUCCUCAAUUUAUGCGCGAUCGCCCUGGACCGUUACUGGGCGAUCACCGAUCCGAUCAAUUACGCUCAGAAACGCACCCUCAAACGAGUCCUCGGGACGAUCGCCGGCGUGUGGAUCCUCUCGGGGGCGAUCAGCUCGCCGCCGUUGGCCGGCUGGAACGACUGGCCGGAGGAGUUGGAGCCGGGCACGCCCUGCCAGCUCACCAGACGGCAGGGUUACGUCAUAUACUCCUCUCUGGGCUCGUUCUUCAUACCGCUGCUGCUGAUGAGCCUGGUUUACUUGGAGAUCUUUUUGGCGACGCGCAGGAGGCUGCGGGAACGGGCCCGGCAGAGCAGGCUGGGCCCGGUGCAGUCCACCAGGCACCGCGAGACCGACGACGCCGAGGAGUCGGUCAGCUCCGAGACGAAUCACAAUGAGCGGUCGACCCCCCGUCUUCAGGCGAAGCCGUCGCUGAUCGACGACGAGCCGACCGAGGUGACGAUAGGCGAGACCGACCGUCGUACCACCGCGUCCACCAGGCGGGGUGCCGGCGCCGGUGGCGCCAUCCCCGCCACCUCGACGACCGUCUACCAAUUCAUCGAGGAGCGACAGCGAAUCUCCUUGUCGAAGGAGAGACGCGCGGCGAGGACCCUCGGCGUCAUCAUGGGCGUCUUCGUCGUCUGCUGGCUGCCGUUCUUCCUCAUGUACGUCAUCGUGCCGUUCUGCCCGGCCUGCUGCCCGUCUGAGAGGAUGGUGUAUUUCAUCACGUGGCUCGGCUACGUCAACAGCGCUCUCAACCCCCUCAUCUACACCAUCUUCAAUCUCGAUUACAGAAGAGCGUUCAGGCGGCUGCUGCGAAUUCGUUGAGCCCUCGCGGCCGUCGCCACUUGGUGGCUGCCAGCUGGCCCUUGGGGCUGCUUUGGAAGAUCGAGAGAGAGAGAGAGAGAGAGAGACGAGAGGGAUUCUCCUGCGAGUGAUUCCGUUCUCCACCUGGCGUCCGGCCGCCGUCGUCCGAAUCCCUCUCGUCGAUCGCGAGCCGCGCGUCGUAACAGCCCCUAGCUACGCCACCGCUUCUCUAUGUACUACUCUCCGUCUGCUAACCAACCGGGAGUCGUUAAGUAAGUUCUUCGUCCAGGGAAAAGCGCGUCGCCUCGCGUUCAGGAUGGCGAUACGUCCGCAAUUAACGGGAAUUUAGACGUCUCGCUCAUCCCGAUCGCUUGUUCGCGCGCAACUUGUUAUGUUUUACGAUGGAAACUUGGCACAGUCAACACAGACGACGACGACGACGACGAUGACGAUGACGAGUUACGAAAUGCCGAGCCGUUGCGGAACGACAACUCAGAGCAAGUAAGUUACCAGCAAAUUCGCAGGAUUAUUACCGUUUUACGCCGAGUUACGAAACUUUCCCCUACGAAACUUGAUAAUUUAUUUUCGAUUACCGCGCUUAAUUAAGAUAUCGAGCCCGUUGACGCGAGCAAUUACACUUAUCCGAUGAGUAACGAUGAAGAAAACACGGCCAUAAUUCCCUACCGAAGGAACAUGUAAUAACGCACUGCUAUUUAUAUCGAAGCAGAGAGAGAGAGAGAGAGAGAGAGAGAGAGAGAGAGAGAGAGAGAGGAGAACGUGCGUAAGUUUCAUCAGAUGGCGGCGUCGUAACGCGAAGAAGAUUAAAGAUCGUUGACGCGAAAAUUAUUAGAAUUCGGUAGAAUCGGUCUACCUUCGAAUCAAAUAUUUGCACGGUUCGUGAAUUAUUAUAUGCGACUUUCAAAGUUUCAACGUUUCUUUUUUUAUGGAAUGAAAACUCGAACACCAUAAGAAUCUCGACAAAAUCUUUUUCGACUGUUAUAACGGAUUGCCGUAUGACUCCGAGGAGAGAGAGAGAGAGAGAGAGAGAGAGAGAGCCCGAAGAGCGAUGUGCACUUAUCGUCGGAACUUGCCAGAAAAUUUAUCAGGAAUCCCGAGAAGACGCUGGAGAAAAUGGAUAUUUCAUCCGAGAGGUGCAUGCGAAGCGCCUAUCGCAAUCAAGAUUGGCAGCCAGGCCGGCGCUAAUCCGCUCCUGAAGAGCUUUCAAGGGCGAAAGUUCGAAGGAAAACUUUCCGCUGGAGUGAUAAAGGAAAUUAUGCUUCCUGUGUUCGGUGCCGGCCCCCUCCCCCCCUUUUCACCCCGGCGACGAUCACCACCUUCCCCGAAUAUCAUUAUGUAAAGCAUCGUCAGCUCUGUAUGAAUUUUCUCUCUUCCGUGGUUUUGAUGAUCAAUCUAGCUGCGAUGGAAGAUGAUUAAUGAUUGAAUUUAGCGCCCGAGAGCGUGUAAAUGCGAUUUAUCACUAGAUCAAUAAUGCUCGAUACUGGGAAUGUAGUGAAAUCGAGGUCAUCAGGGAGGUCUGCCGGGAAGCUCCACCGUCGUUUCUUUACUCGUCGCGCACAGUUUCCCCCCGUCUCCCCGAUGCCACGAGAGAGAGAGAGAAAGAGAGAGAGAAAGAGAGCGAAAGAAACGGGGUGUCGAGUAACAGUCUGUCGUUUUGGCGAGCGCGCGUCGGCGACCGAAGGAAGGGGACGUGCUUUUCUUCUACCAACGACAAACGGAGAAAAUAAUCGUACGUGCGUUUUAGGUAGAGCCGGUAGACGUGCGUACGUCCACCGAACGUUAACAAUUGCAAGUAUUACGGUUGUGAAUAAUUAUUAGUAACUAACUACCCAUGAACCCCGGUCGCGGGGCACGUAGCUUAAGAAAACAGCGUAAGAGGCAUUUGUCACCGUCACCACGCCCACCAUCACCACUGUCACCGUCGACGAGGCGGUUGUUUAUUCGAAUGGUGACGUUAACAACGCCGAGCCGCAAAAUCUGUUGUGGUUUCACAUGCGUUUAAAGUCACACACUAAAUCGCCUCCCGACGUAUUCACGUCGACGCGCGACGAUACCGUCGCGUACCACUACAAAAGUUUCCCGGAAUCACCGCUAUUUAUUAUAAUGACGGUUCUCUUAGCUUAUUAAUAGACGGUCUCCUUCUUAGAGCUCGAAUAGGCAGACUCAUCGUUCAUCGUUUCCAACUUUUUAAUAUCCAACUUUCGUAAGAUCCGCGAGAGCUACAUCACGGAUUUUCCAAUCUUUCAUUUUGACUCGUCAUUAAAACACGUUUCGGCCGUAAAUAAUGGAAUAAUCUUUUGUUAUAUCCAUUCAUUUAAAUUCUGGCUUCAGAAGUUUAAACUUUUGUUGACGAACUUUUGUCGUUUCUCCAGAGAGAGAGUAUCGAACAGAGAACUAUGUAUUUUACUGAAAACCUUUCUUCAGCGGACACGGAAUCAGAAAUGAUUGUCGAUUGUCGGAACUUUUCACUAUUAAGAGUGGUUUCGAAGAGGCAACUUUCAAGUGAAUAUCCAUUCUUUGCGUCUCUUUUUGCAAGCCGAUCAAUAAGGGAUGUAUCGGUGAUUACGGGACGACUUGUAGGCUACGCGCGCGCGAACACACACACACACACACACACACACACGUAAACUUACACACAUACAUCUGCAUUUCUUGCAUACGCGAAGUUCUAUUUAUAUGACCACAAUACAAUUUAAAGUAUCUUUAAGGGUAAAAAAAAAACGAGGGAACAGGCGGCGAGAAACCGCCAUCUCCUCGAGUGCCGCGCCAAACGGACAGAUUGAAGUGAAUCCUAGAUAAGAAGAAAAAAUAGAUCUUGACGAUCAUACUCGGUGGUAAGCUCGUCACCAGGGCACUCUAUAAUAAGGUUGUGAUAAGGUUGUGAGAACACGUUCGUAGCCGUGCUACGAACGACAUAAGAUUUUUAAUUACUAGGAUAGGGAACAUUUCUUUACUCGAGUUAUACUCUUCGAUGCAGCGUUGCCUCCUACCCAAGAGAGGGAGAAAGAGUGAAAGAGAGAAAGGAACCAACCAUGCCGCGGGGCCCCCCCCAUCUUUAAAAAGUACAUUGCUUCUGUUUUCUUUGCAAUCAAAAUGCUACAGGUAGUUCCGAACUUACAAACUUGGCUGCGGGGUUGAUACAAAUGGGAUUACGUUUUCACGUGACUACGAAAAAGCUUCCGCAUGAAUCCCAUUUGCAUAAAAAAUCCGUGUCUUUGAGUACGCCUAAACGCUGACACUCGUUUCGCAUCAUUUCUUAUUUAUAUAUAGGAUCUCAGCGGGUAUUUUUUAUGCGAAAUCUAGCGCGUAAGAGUUCCAUAUAAAAAUUUCAUCGUUCGAUUUGAUUCUUUUGUGAACGCGUUUAUUUGAAAUACAGCAAAAAGUUGUUCGAUGUAAACUCAAUUGAUUAAUGCUCUUUUAAAUUUUUUUUUUUUUAUAGAUAGAAAGUGACUUGCGUAACAUGAAAAUUAUAAAUAAAUAAGUUUUUUACAAAAAUUAUUUGAAAUAAAAGUUGUGCAAUUUUGUGGAAAAAAUGAAAUAGCGUAGCAUGUUUGACCUUAGGAGAUAGUUUAAAGAUCAUGUCAAAGUCAACUUUUCUUUUUUAAGUGGUAACUACAAAUUUUUUUAACAGAUUUAAAAAAUUGAGUUUACACUGUUUCCAAAAUAUUGAUUUUGAUAUUAAUGACGUCAUUAUUUAUUUAUAAAUCUUUCAAUUUUCGUGAUUGUUAAUCAUAGGACAUUUCAAAGAAGUAACUUACUUAAAAUAAAAUGUUUUGGAAAAGUUGUUUAACUACCCGUUAAAGUACUAAACAACCGAUGUAAAAUACGUUGAAUCACCUUUAUAUGUAUAUAACAGCAUAAAAAAUUUAUUGUUUGAGUUUAAAAAACUUUUUUUUCUGUUACUUUUGCAAAGAUAUUGAUAAGUGCCAAAAUAAUAUAUUUAUCACAUUUUCACUUGGUAGAAAAAGUUGUAAAAUUUGUUGCUGCAUUUUUCUCUUCUGCUUUAUCUCCAAUUUUUCAUUGCUGUCUUUUUUACGUUAUAACGUUACGUGGGGUAGUAUUGGAUCCUUUAGAUACUUAUAUCUUGAGAUAUCUUGGGUAGGAAUCUCAAAAUGCGUAGUUUAUGAUAUUAUAUUAUAUAUUAUAUCACGCAUUAUAUUAAUAUACGUAUCAGCAAUGCGAUUCUUGCAUAAGUGAAUCGGUACGUAGCUCGUUCAAUCUCCUGUCUUGAAAUUUACGUCGAAUGAUCUACCGUCUCAUUUUUUUUUUUAAUAAUAGAAUCGUUAAAAAAUAAUUUAUCGAAUAAUGUUUUAUAUAGAUGCCACGAAACGAUUCACGACGCGUGAGGAUUCCACGUUGUGCUCGAGCCUGGUCGCUCGAUACAAAGAAUAUACAGUUCUAGAUACGUAUAAUAAAUAAAAAGAUAUAUAUAUAUAUAUAUACACACACACACACCUAGUUGAUAAACUGAUACUCGGUUGGUUGUGAUUUACAAGUAUAGCAAUACACAGCGAUACUCUGUGCAUGGUAUUGCCCGCGGAGCUUUCCUCCUUUCCAGUUUAAAAAGUUCUUUCUUGUACAAUGUGAAUUCUCUUUUCUUCCAUGUUUGUAAAUCUAGAAAUAAUUUCUGUUUUUUCUUUAAAUCAAAAGAUACAAAUUCUCAUCCGGAUAAAAACGAUGUACUUAUUUACAAUACAUUUUAUAAAUAUUUAUGUUAUGUCAUAUUUAUAAUAUGAUUUUUGUACUUUAAAACCCAGAAGCAAUUAAUUUUUAAAUAUUAUAUACGUGUACGUAUAUAUAUUAAUAUUUUUAAAAUAUUUACAAAAAUAUUAAAAUUCUUUUUUGAAGAGAGUGGAAGAUUUGAAUCAUCCACACGUUGUAUAUUUUACAUUCGAAAAAAUAUGAACACAUAUGUGUAUUGAAAAGGGGAAAAUCAUAUGUUUUAUCACAGGGCGCGAGAAAAAACUCGAUGCGCUCUCGAGUGAAAAAUAUUGUUAAAUUCAAAUGAAAAUAGAAAAUAGAUUGGUUGCGAUAUAACCUAGGAUGAAACGGAGAAACAAAUAAUGCCUAGUGCGGCAUAACGUAUUUGGCAUUUUACUCGUCUCGAUGUUGGAUUAGUGAAAAUUGAUAUCACAAACGUAUGAAUUGCCACAGCAUUUCAAUAGUAAGCUGCUUUUAUCCUCGUUUCACAGGUACAAAAUCCAAAAACGUGCGAAACCGACAAAGGUUUUCCGGAACAAUUUUUUAUCGAGAAUAUUAUGGUAAUAAUAAAUAAAGAAAAUUAUUCGUAUUGUACUUAUUAUAUACGGUCAGUGCACCAGUCGUCGAACAAGACCUAUAUCCUGUAACUUUUAACGUUAAUUCGGUAUUAUUAUAUUGUUGUUGCGCAGCUUUCUUUCCUUGUAAAAUAUCUGCGUAAUGACUUUAUUACACGAUAACAUGAUACCGAAUUGUCGUGAAGAGUUACAGAAUAAACCUACAAUAAAUGUUCAUAUCAUUUUUGAUUUAAAUGUGCAAUUAUAUAAAGUCAUUUUUACUUGUUCACUGACUGAUACAGUGAUCGUAUUAUUACUCAUAUUUAUACCGUAUAAGAGUGAUUAUAAAAUUUAAUUUACAAUCAUAAAUUAAAUUACUAGUUUAAACGAACGUUAAAUUUUCAAUUUGCGUUUUACGAGGCAGUUCUCUAAAAUAUUUUCUAUCGGUGCGUAUGUAGUUUUCAUUCGUCGAAUUGGAUGUAACGAAAAAGUUCGAAGCUUUGUGAAUCAUGUUUGUAUAAAUCUCCUUUUUUGUUACGGUGCUCGCUCUCUAGAUUUAUAUAUAUGUACAUUUCAAGCGUAACCGUUCCUACGAAUAUUUCAACGUGGGAUGGAUGUAACAUUUGUUUGAUCUGCUUGUAAUCUGUCACUCGUGAAAAACAGACGUAUGAGAAGCUUGCGAUGCAAGCGCGAGGCGAACAUGGCGAAUUUACAUGUUGCAAUAUUAUGUUACGAAAUUUCCCGCAAACUUCCCGUUAAGCAAAAUGAGGAUUACAGGAAGAAAUCUGUUCGUGCGUGCGUGCGUGCGUGCGUGUUUGUGUAAGAGCUCCGCUCGCAUCUCUGGAAUGUGCAGACCGAACGAGCGUUCAUGUGAGCCUGCCGCUUGGUUGUGUGCAUGCAAAACCAAUUAAUGAACAAGACAUACUGACGUGCGUGUAUGCACAGCAAAUGACCGGUGUGCGAGUAAUGAGUGCAUCGAAUCUAUGGACGAUUAUCUAUCUAAUUAUCUACCGUGGUAAACAUUGAUAAACAGGGAAACAUUUAUUUCAAUUUGACUACCAAUUUAUUACGGACGCUCAGAGGUUGUGAAAAUCUUGCGUAAAUGCCGAAUAAAGUCAUUAAGAAAAGAUACGUACGCGACUCACGAAUUUCAGUCGAUAUUAUGUAACAUUUACAAUUUACGAAUAUCUUGAUAAUCAACUUCCGGCCAUAUAUAGCAGAAUUGAUGUUGAUACGCGCGAUUGACCCAAUAAUUUUUAAAAUUGUAAUUCUUAUUACGCGUUCUUACUACAAAAAAAAAAAGAUAUAUGUUAUUACUAUUUAAAUUACUACCGAUUUAGUAUUAAUUCUUACAUAGGUGCGUGGCGUAUGGUAAAAACUUGUCGUUAAUUUUAAAGAAAUAUUACGUAUGAGAUGAAUGUACGAAUAUCAAUGAAAUAUUGAAAAUAAACAAUGUUGUAUGGUGUUAUGGAUUUUACGCGAUGUUCACUGUGAAUUCCUUCAGAAUUUUGCGUGCCUGUUUUGUGCGAUCGAAUAGAAAAGGGAAAAUAAAAGAAUAUAUAUACAUGUGAGUACAAUA